GUCCAACAUCAUUCUCAUCUUGGUCAGGACCAUGGCAGGCAGACGACAGGCGCAUGUUCGGACGCUGGUCUGGAAGAACCUCCUCCUCAUGCGGAAGCACCCCUGGAAGCUGGCGUUCGAGCUCCUCUUCCCCGUCCUCCUCCUCUACGCCAUCGGCUCCCUGAAGGACCAGGCCGCCAACAUCGACGUCCCCGCCGGCUGGUCUGAUGACAUGGACGCAGUCUUCUCCCCGCGCCCCAUCACGGCGCCGACCUUCCCGCUCUUCGACCGCGUCGAGAACCCUCGAGACGCCAAGUUCUAUGCGACGGAAGCGACCUUCUCGGGCCUCCUCCGGCGCAUGGCCUCGCGCUCGUACAUGGAAGGCCGCAAGAUGCACGAGCUCUCUCGGGACGACGCGUAUGCAUGCUACACGAAGUUGGUGCGACAUGGCGACGUGAGCCUUGACGCAUCCUCGGUGUAUGCAGUCCCCGUCGAGUGCCGGGGCAAGGUCUCCCCGUACAAGAUCGCGCUGGUGCCAGACACGGCCUUUACGCGCGCGUACUUUGCGCCGGCCAUCGCGGCCUGGUACCCGCGCGUCCCGCUAUCCAAAAACAGCUCAGAGAAGGCGUCGCUUCCAAGCUGGCGCGAUUCGAUCGCCUUCUUCUCCAACGAGUCAGCGCUCGAAGCCUACGUUAGCGGUCCAUCGUAUGGACUCAAUGCGUCCUCUCCCAAGGUGUAUGCUGCGAUCGUGUUCAAGGACCCGCCGGCGACGCAGGUCAUUGGCACGGCGACGUCUGUCUCGUACACGAUUCGGCUCAGCGCAUCACUGACAAACGGGCCGAAAACUAGCACGCUGGUCGUCGAUCCCCACCGAAAAGCCAUGACCCCGUCGACGUACAAGAGCUACACGAAGAGCGGCUUCCUCGCGCUUCAGACGCUCGUCACUCGCUUCUUGACGUGUCUCCCGUCAUGGGAUCGCCGUGGACCUGGCGGCUGCACGAACGUCGCCAGUGUUGCCGCACCAAACGCUACGCUCGAUGCGCGUUUCGCCGUGCAAUUGCAGCACGAUGCCGACCUUCUCGAUGCGGUCGAUUCGAGCAGCGACCUUCUCUCGUCGCUGCCACCGGCCACUCAAGCGCUGCUCCUUCGCCCGCUUCGGCAAGCACCGCAGCCGUACUUCGGUAGCGCCGUCUUUGCGUUUCCGAUCGCUGCGUACACGGCGUCGCCGUUCUACACGCUCAUUGCGCCGUUCAUGCCGUUUGCGUUUGCAGCGUCGUACGUCAACAUCGUGUCGGGGCUCAUCGUCGCCCUCGUCUCGGAGAAGGAGCUCAAGGCGCGCGAGCUCAUGAAGAUCCUCGGCGUGCGCGAUAUGUCGAUCUUUGCCAGUUGGUUUCUCACGUACGGUCUGCUCUUUUUCGUGCUCGCGGCGCUCCAAACGAUCCCGAGCAGUCUUCACGUCUUCUCGCACGCAUCGCCCGUGCUCAUCUUUGCCUUCUUCUUCCUCUCGGGUCUUGCCGUCGUCGCAUUCGGGUUUCUCCUCAGCGCCUUCUUUUCAAAAGCCAAGACAGGUGCGUACGUUGGCGUCCUCGCCUUCUUCAUGCUCUUCCUCAUUGCCGACGCGCUCGCCAACGCGAGUGCAAAUGCCAAGACGGCUGCGUGUGUGGCCGCGCCCGCUGCUAUGUCGCUUGGCCUUUCCAUCCUCGUGCAGGCAGAGGCCACGUCCAGCGGCAUCACGUGGUCGACGAUGGACCAUGCGUUUGGCAGCAUCUCGUUUCAAACCGUGCUGCUCUUCCUUGUACUCGAUACGGUGCUGUACACGCUGCUGGGAAUGUACGUGGAGAAGGUGCUGCCAAAAGAGUACGGCGUGUCCGAGCACUGGACGUUUCCGCUGCAGUGGUGCUUUUCACGUCGCGAUCUGCGAUCGUCCGAAGCAGAGAGUCUUCUCGCCGAUGCGUCGCCCAUUUCCGACGCGGUCGAAGAUGUCUCGUUGGAUCUUCAGCAGCAAGCGGACGACGGCGAUGCACUCGAGAUUCGCCAGCUUCGCAAGGCCUUUCCGGCGUCCGAUGGCGAUAGCACCGCGAAGGUGGCGAUCGCAGGCAUGAACCUCACGCUGUACAAGAACCAGAUUACGUGUCUACUGGGGCACAAUGGCGCGGGUAAGACAACCCUCGUGUCGAUGCUCACCGGCAUGCUGCCGCCGACGUCCGGCGACGCGACGAUGCUGCGCGGCCUCUCGCUUCGUCGCGACAUGCAGUCGAUCCGUAACUCGAUUGGCAUGUGCCCCCAGCACGAUGUGCUCUACGACGACCUCACAGUGCUCGAGCACAUGCUGUUUUACGCGGCCAUCAAAGGCUGCGCGCCCGAGGAUGUGGACGCCAAACUCGUGGCGGUGGGCCUCGACGAGAAGCGACAUGCGAUUGCAAAGGCGCUCUCGGGCGGGAUGAAGCGCAAACUCUCGCUCGCGAUUGCAUUUCUCGGCGACAGCAAGAUCGUCUUUUUGGACGAGCCUACGUCGGGUAUGGACCCGUACAGCCGUCGUCUCAGCUGGGACAUUAUGUCGAGUCAUCGCCUGCACCGCAUCAUUGUCUUGACGACGCACUCGAUGGACGAAGCCGACAUUCUCGGCGACCGCAUUGCCAUCAUGGCCAACGGCGAGCUCCAAUGCGUCGGGUCGUCGCUCUUUCUCAAGAACAAGUAUGGUGCCGGCUACACGCUGUCGCUUGCGACGACCGACGCCGAUGCCGUCAUCGCGACCGUCCGACGCCACGUCGGCCACGCAAAGGUCCUCGCAAGUGUCGGCGCCGAAGUAUCGAUUCAGCUACCGCUCGAGAGUUCUGCGUCGUUUCCGUCCUUGUUUGCUGCGCUUGAUGCAGACACCUCCGCGCUGGGUCUUUCCUCGUACGGCAUCUCGGUUACAACGCUCGAAGAAGUGUUCUUGAAGGUCUCUGAGACCACGCAUAUGGAUGUCGGACCCAAGCCGCGUCUCGCUACUGUCUCGUACGAAGCGCCUCCUGUCACCGCGUCGUUGUUCCGUUCGCAUUUUGGCGCGCUUUGGCGCAAACGCUACCUGGUCGCCAAGCGGGACCGAAAAGCGGUGCUCUUCGCCGUGGUGUGGCCGGUGCUCUAUAUUGCGAUCGGCAUUGCUUUGCUCACGUCCAACGCGCUCGUUCAGAACGAUCCGUCGCUUUCGCUCAUGUCGUCGCUGCGCGCAGAUACGACGGCGCCGUUCUCGUGCAUGGGCGACGACCGUGAGAUGUGCAAGCGCGUUUUGAGUGCAGAGACGUUCUUCUCGGGCGCGCUACCGUCUCAUUUGGUGUCGGUCGUCGCUCCCGUGUACCCCAAUGCACACCCGAGUGUCUUUGGUGUCGCGUACGACAACAUUAGCGUCGACGAUACCUCGGGGUUUUGCCUUCGGACCGCUGAAGUCGCGCUCAAUGCGUCGCUGCAGGCGGUGCAGUUUGGCGGGUACGUGGCCUUUGGCGAUGCGUCGCAGCACGUCUUUGGCUACAACAUGCUUGUCAACACCACGGCGGUCCACGCGGCGGGGACUUUCAAAGCUCUUCUGGAUCAAGCGCUCGUCCGAUACUUUGCUGGCAGUGCGACGCUGAACGUCUCGGUGGCCAACCACCCGCUUCCGCUCACGGCGGAAAGCAAGACCGCGUUCACGACCGCGCUUUCGUUCUCGGCGACAACGUUCUUUGUCGUCGCGAUCGCGUACUUUUCGGCGUCGAUCGUGCCACACCUCGUCUCGGAGAAGCACGCGAGUCGCAACGCCAAGCACCAGCAGCUUCUCGCAGGUGCGAGUGUCCCGGCAUUCUGGCUCGCGAAUCUCGGGUGGGACCUCAUGCUGUACAUUUUUCCGUGUGCGUUUGCAGUGCACGCGAUCUGGUCCAGCGACCUCUUGCCGUUCACGGGUUUCGAGUGCCCGACGUGCGCCACAUCGGCGUUUCCAGCGGUCGUUUGCCUCUUUGUGUUUGUCGGCGCCGCGUGCAUUGGUUUCAGCUACUGCCUCUCGUUCCUCUGCCACGACCCUGCGAACGCCCAGUCGUACAUCAUUUCGUGCAACAUCUACCUCGGCAUCUACCUCUCGCUCGCCUCGCUUGUAUUGAGCAGCCUAGCGUCGACGCACGAGCUCAACGCGCAACUCGUGUAUGUCUUUCGGCUCUCACCACUCUUUUGCCUCAGCCACGGCCUCAACAAUCUGAGCUUGGCUGUGCUGCGUCCAAGCCGCCAGAGUGCGUUCGACUGGGACGUGGCCGGUGCCGACGUCGUGUACUUAGCUUUGGAGGCCGUGUUGUAUCCGCUAUUGGCCAUCGGUAUCGACUAUCUUCUCUGUUUUCCAUCCAUCGCGCGCCGCUUGUUUCGAGACCCCGUCGUCGAGGACGAGACGCCGUUUCAAGUGGACCAUGACGUCGAAGUCGAAGCCGCGCGAGUUGAAGCGGGCGCGGAUCACGAUGUGGUCUCCAUGUCGAGCCUCCGCAAGGUGUACAAGGAUGGCAAGGUCGGGCUCGCGACUCUGUCACUUGGACUCCCGCGAGGCGAGUGCUUUGGCUUUCUCGGGACCAACGGAGCGGGCAAGUCGACGACCAUGAAGAUCUUGACGGGCGAAAUCGCGGCGUCAAGUGGUAGUGCGCAGCUGCGGGGUCUCGACAUUGUGUCACAGCAGCUCGCGAUCCGACGCUACAUUGGCUACUGCCCCCAGUUUGAUGCGCUCCUCGAUAACCUCACGGUCCGGGAGCAUCUCGAGCUCUUUGCAACGCUCAAAGGCGUGCCCAGCGCGCACACGCGCCGCGUCGUCGAUGCCAAGAUCGAGCAUUUGGGGCUGACUCCGUUCGAGCACUGCCUCGCCAAGACGCUCAGCGGCGGCACGAAGCGCAAGCUCUCGGUCGCGAUCGCGCUCAUUGGGGCGCCGCCCAUGCUGUUUCUGGACGAGCCGUCCACGGGCAUGGACCCUGCCUCGCGGCGCUUCUUGUGGGAACUCGUUGCCGACGUCUCGACGCGCUCCAAGACGUCGACAGUGUUUUUGACGACGCACUCGAUGGAAGAAUGCGAGGCGCUGUGCACCCGCGUCGGCAUCAUGGUCGACGGCCGUCUGCGAUGCCUCGGCAGCAUCCAGCACCUCAAAUCGCGCUUUGGCGACGGUUUGCUCCUGCACCUCAAGCUCACGCCUGUGACGGCGCGGGACGUCGACGACAUGCUGGCGACGCAUCCGGCGUUUCCGAUGCAGUCGCUCUCCCGCAACGAGCUCUUGCAGCUCUGCAUGGUGCUGGGUCGACCCGAUCGGAUGCAUGGCAUUGCGCCGGACCACGCGACCGGCUACGCACUGGCCGAUACGCUCGAGCGCGGGCUACGCGUCCGCCCGAACGAAGUUGGCGCCUGGUGGCUGCGCGAGGAUCGGUUCGAGGCUUGCUACGCGCGGCUUUCGACGGCGUUUGGCGCGGCGAACGUGUCGCUUGUGGAGCGGCACUUGGACGUGUGCCGUGUCAAGGUGCAGGCGACGGACCUCGGCCACGUGUUUGGGCUUGUCGAAGGCCUGAAGGAGAUGGUUCAAGAGUACACGGUCGCCCAGACGACGCUCGAGCAGAUCUUCAACGCCUUUGCGAGCCGCGGGAGCCAUGUUGUUUAACCACGCAGCACGUUGUCUCGGAUCUGGAUGGCAUGUGUUGAUUGGUGGAAAGCACAACGGAAGCGGAUGGGGAUUGGCUGUGUGUAGGAAAUCUUGUCCUUUUAAGCCAAUGGCAUCACCGCUGCCUGGGCCCAAUCAAUUCGGUUGCUCCCAACCAUUUUUGC